AAUAGGCCUUCUAGUACCUAGGUGCCCUCACAUUUGGACUCACCGCCCAAAGUUUUGGUGCUCUUAUAACCAAUCAGCAGUGCCCCUCCACAAAUUUCUGCCACUGAGAAAUUCGAUAAGCCGCCACCCCAUUUAUCUUUUUGACGUCGAGUUGUUGCAAGGCAGUACGACUACGUCUCCAAGUAGUUCCUUCACACCACUUAAUAAAAAGGAAAGACUCGUUUUCGAGUACUCUGAGUCAAAAUGCCGCAGAACGAGUACAUCGAGCGGUCGAUCAAGCAGCAUGGACGCAGGCUGGAUCACGAGGAGCGCACGCGCAAGCGGGCCGCGCGCGAGGGCCACAAGCAGAGCGAGCAGGCGCAGAACCUCCGCGGCCUGCGGGCCAAGCUGAACGCGAAGCGCCGGCACCACGAGAAGAUCCAGCUCCGGAAGACGAUCAAGGCCCACGAGGAGCGCAACGUCAAGGGCGCCGCCGCAGAGAAGGAGCCCACCGAGGCCAUCCCCGGUUACCUGAUCGACCGCGCGGCCGCGACGAACGCCAAGGCCCUGAGCACGCAGAUCAAGAACAAGCGGGCCGAGAAGGCCGCAAAGUUCUCCGUGCCGCUGCCCAAGGUGAAGGGUAUAAGCGAGGAGGAGAUGUUUAAGGUGGUGAAAACCGGCCAGAAGACCGCGAAGAAGGGAUGGAAGCGAGUUGUGACGAAGCCCACCUUUGUUGGCCCCGACUUCACGAGGCGUCCCGUUAAAUAUGAGAGAUUCAUAAGACCUAUGGGUCUCCGUUACAAGAAAGCUCACAUCACUCACCCGACGCUAAACGUAACUGUACACCUCCCGAUCAUUGGAGUGAAGAAGAACCCACAGCAACCGCUGUACACUCAGCUCGGUGUGCUUACAAAAGGAACAAUCAUUGAGGUAAACGUUAGCGAUCUUGGGAUGGUUACUGCUGGUGGAAAGGUUGCCUGGGGACGAUAUGCUCAAAUCACCAACUCCCCUGAGAUGGACGGAUGUGUCAACGGUGUUCUCUUGAUAUAAGCAGCGACUAGCGAUUAGGGACUAGGGAAACCACCCCGAAAGAAUUGCAUAUAUUGGCGUUAGGUGUUAUAAUAGACGACCGCAGUCGACCACUAGGGUUUGCGAAGAAAUGGAAGACAAAAUCAUCGCUUCUCUCGUGAGCUUCGUUCCAGUUCACAGCUGUUCCUCCAGACACUCUAUGCUGCCCAUCUCAAGCUGAGAGCCGCGCAAUGUACCAAAUCUCUAAAACUCUAGCCAAAAUAUAUCGCUGGUGGAAGGA